UCGACGUCGAUUUCCCCUUCGCUGUUUCGCAAGCAGUGCAGUGUACUGCGAUACAUAGUGAGUACAAUAUUAUCGACAAGGACGAAACGAGCGCAAUAGUCAGCCAAAAUGGCUGCUGCUAACAAACCUUUGCAAUUUGAUAAAAUAUGUCGCGCGUGCUUGCAAAUCAAGAAAGAUAUGAGGCCUUUAUUCGAGCAACUUACUGCAACGAUGCUGAUGGGCAUUUCUAAAGUGCAGGUAUCCGUUGGCGAUGGCCUGCCCUCCCAGUUGUGCCUGCAAUGCGUGCACCAGAUCUCCCGCUGCCAUGCGUUCAAGGAGCUGGUGGAACGGAACGAUGUGACACUCCGUGAGCAUGCCAAGAAUGCUGCGGAGGAGGCGAGGAAUAAUGAGCUGGUGCCGGACGCCGGGCAUUACAUCCAGUACAUCGAGCUGCCGAUGAACAAUACGCCGCCGCUUCUCGACGGGCUGUUCGAGCCACUACCUGAGAAGCAGGAGUUCGUUAAUGCCGAGAAACAGAUUGAACCGUCACAAUCCAACAAAGAAGACUCCGGUCUCAACUCCGAUGAAGAAAACUACCUCCAACUGGUCGUAUUCCAAGCCACUUCCUCCGUCGCCCCGGGAAGACAUGUCUGCAACCUCUGCCAGAAGGAGUUCAAGCAUGCCCGCUGGCUAAAGCUGCAUAUGAGGUCGCAUAGCAACUGGAUCAAAGCUAAUUGCAAGAAGCCUCCGAUGUGCCCCAUAUGUGAGAGGACCUUCAAGGGCCCAGGCAUGCUGAAAAUGCACAUGCGAACACACGAGGCGCGGCCGCCUAAGCAGCCAACCUGUUCCGUCUGCCAACGGAACUUCCCCACCAAAACACUUCUUUACCGGCACAGGCAAACACACUUUGAACAGAAGACACACCAGUGUUCGGUCUGCGAGAAAAGGUUCUACAGCGGGUACGCACUACGAUCGCACAUGGCGCGGCACCGAGGCGAGCGGCCAUAUGUCUGCUCCAUGUGCUCAAAGAGCUUCUACAACCCGACUGACUUAAAGGUACAUUUCCGCCUCCACACCGGCGAGAAGCCCCUGAAGUGCACCGAAUGCAACAAGACCUUCCGCCGCCACUCCACGCUCUGCCAGCACAUGAAGAAGCACCGCGGGAUCCGCAACCACAUCUGCAAUGUGUGCAACAAGGCCUUCUAUGAAGUCUCCAAGCUGAACGCGCACAUGAGAGUACACACUGGUGAACGCCCCUUCGAAUGUCAAUACUGCGAGCGCCGCUUCGCCCAGCAAUCAGCGCUGAUCUACCACCGGCGCACGCACACCGGCGAAAAGCCAUACAACUGCAAAAUGUGCACCGCUCGCUUCACCACCUCGUCGGCCAGGAACAAUCACAUGGUGACGCACACGGGCAACAAGAGGUUUGUUUGUCCAGUAUGCUUCAAGGGCUGCACAUCUCGCGCGGAGCUUCGCGUGCACUCCAGCAAGCACACAGGAGAGAAACUCUUCGGCUGCAACCUCUGCUCGGCGCGCUUUAGUUCAGCCUCGUACCUCGCGGUUCACAGGCGGCAUCACACAGGAGAAACAAAAUAUAACUGUAACGUGUGUGGAAGAGGUUUCAUGGAAUCCGGUUCAUACAAGAAGCAUCUAAAGACACACGAAGUCAAGCCGGAGGACUCCUCAGAGUCCACGGAAAUGGAGAAGGGAGAAGAAGAAGACAGCCAGACGGGGGAGGAGCAGGAAAGCCCUCAGCCGGAGGUUCAAGAAGAAGGUGAAGUGGUAGUUCCGCAGACGCAACGAAGAUACAAGUGCGGAAUUUGCGUGAAGACGUACUUGUAUCUGCACAGUCUAAAGAAACACAUGGCUACUCAUGUACAGCAGCAACAACAACAACAACAACAGCAGCAACAACAAGUACAACAAGUCCCCCAAAUCCAAGUGCAGCAACAACAAGUCCAGCAGCAGCAGGUGUCGGUGCAGCAGGUGGGCGCGCAGCUGCAGCAGCAGGUGCUGCAGGUCGGAGGCGUGCAGCAGCUCGCGCUGCCGCUGCACCAGCAGCAGGCGCUCGUGCAGGCCGGCCACUCUCCAUACCCUGUGAUAUCGUCAGUGCAAUCAUUGCAGUUGCAGCAAACGCAGCAACAGGUUAACACGCAGCAGCCGCAGCUACAAGUGCAGACCAUACAGAUACAUCCGCAGCAUCAACCGAUACAGAUUCAUGCGGUGGGUGUCCAGCAGGUGCAGCAGCAGCAGCUGCACGUCGCCACAUCCAGCUGUCAAACCAUGCUGCCUAACAUAUUGCAGCUCGGCGGAGGCACGGUAGCCGUGUCUGGGUUAAGCGGCACUGACCUCAACGGCGUCGCGCACCGCAUCAUCCUACAACAGCCGCAGCACCCCGCCGUCUACACGCUGCACCACUAACCGACAAUUACUGCAUACUAAAACAUAGCUCGAAUAUCCCUUGGUCAACAGUGCCGGAAGUGACACAGUGGCGGUGUCAGAAAUCAGGACUAAGCGCGACCUCAACGGCGUCACACCGCAUCAUACUAUCUCUACAGCACCCCGACGGAAACACGCUGCACCACUAACCGACAAUUACUGCGUACUAAAACAUAGCUCGAAUAUCCCUUGGUCAUCACCGGAAGCGACACAGUGGCGGUGUCAGAAUCAGGACUAAGCGCGACCUCAACGGCGUCACACCGCAUCAUCCUGACGGAAAUACGCUGCACCACUAAGCGACAAUUACUGCAUACUACAGCUCGAAUGUCCCUCGGUCAACAGUGCCGGAAGCGACACAGUGGCGGUGUCAGAAUCAGGACUAAGCGCGACCUCAACGGCGUCACACCGCAUCAUACUAUAAUCUCCACAGCAUCCUGCUGUAUACACGCUGCACCACUAACGGUCAAUCACUGCAUACUAAAACAUAGCUCGAAUAUCCCUCGGUCAACAGCUGCCGGAAGCGACACAGUGGCAGGACUAAGCGCGACCUCAACGGCGUCACACCGCAUCAUGCCAUAAUCUCCACAGCAUCCCGCUGUAUACACGCUGCACCACUAACGGUCAAUGACUGCAUACUAAAACAUGGCUCGAAUAUCCCUCGGUCAACAGUGCCGGAAGCGACACAGUGGCGGUGUCAGAAUCAGGAC